UGGUACACGGGGGGAGAGAGAGGGCUAUGUCACGUUUUUAGGUAUCCUCAGGUUGAAUUUUACGCAGGAGGAUCGCAGUUUCUUUUAUAGGUGAAGAAGAGGAAAAGUGCCCCCCAGAGCAAGAUGAGAAGCCAGAGCGGGCUGCCUCGGCUCGCCGCGGCUGUGGUCUUCGUCGCCUUGUGCGUAGCGGUGCAGCAGUCAGAAUCUGCGGCUUGUAAUGGAUGUGUGGGAUCCAAAUGUGACUGCAGCGGAGUGAAAGGAGCCAAGGGUGAGAGGGGCUUCCCAGGUCUGACCGGGCAGCCAGGAGUCCCGGGUUUCCCAGGGCCAGAGGGACCCAUCGGGCCCAGAGGAGAGAAGGGCAGCGAUGGUCCUCAAGGGCUGUCUGGGCCAAAGGGAAUCCGAGGGCCUGCCGGUUUGCCAGGUUUCCCAGGCACACCAGGACUUCCAGGUUUGCCAGGACAAGAUGGACCACCAGGACCAAGGGGAGUGCCCGGCUGCAACGGAACAAAGGGUGAGAGGGGUUACCCUGGGUCUGGAGGUAUUCCCGGGGCUCCUGGACUUCAGGGACCUCCUGGUUUACCUGGAGCUAAGGGAGACCCAGGUGAUGUGAUCUCGACCAAUCGCUUCGGAGACAAGGGAUCUGUGGGGCUGCCUGGUUUACCUGGACUCCCGGGAAAUCCUGGAUCUCCCGGUUUGCCAGGUCCCACUGGCCCACAGGGACCAAGGGGAUAUGAAGGUCCUCCUGGUCCUCCCGGUUUGCCAGGACCAAAAGGAAACAUGGGACUGAACUUCCAAGGACCUAAAGGUGAAAAGGGUGAUCCCGGUUUACCUGGACCUCCCGGGCCUCCUGGACAGGUCGGAGAGCAGAAGAAACCAACUGAUGCCGAGAUCGUCAGAGGAGAUAAGGGAGACCAAGGACCCCCAGGCCCUCCCGGUGAUCCAGGCUACCCCGGGGCCCCUGGUCCUUCUGGUGGAGCGAAGGGAGAGAAAGGAGAACCUGGAGAGGCAGGCAAAAGAGGCAAACCCGGAAAAGAUGGUGAUCCCGGACCUCCAGGCUUUCCUGGAAUCAAAGGAGAAUCAGGUCUUCCAGGUCCACCAGGCCGAGACGGAGAAAGAGGUAUUAAAGGUGACAGGGGAUAUCCAGGACCUCCAGGAGUGGUGAUUGGAGGGCAGACUGGAAGUCGUGUUGGCCCCAAAGGUGAACCGGGAAUCCCCGGAUCUCCAGGACUCAAAGGAGACAGAGGACCUCAGGGUUUGUCUGGACCCCCUGGACCCCCUGGAACUGCCAUUGCGACACAGCCAGGGCCCCCCGGAUCCCCAGGCUUUCCUGGAGAGAGAGGGCAGAAAGGAGACUCAGGCGUCCCGGGCAUCUCCCUGCCAGGACCCCCAGGACGCCCUGGUGCCCCUGGAGGACAGGGCCAGCCCGGCCCUCCCGGACCCCCAGGCUAUAGCUCGGGACAGACCUGCGCCACAGGGGAGCCUGGACGCCCGGGUCUGCCAGGGGAUAGGGGCUAUCCAGGAGAGACAGGCCAGAAAGGUGAGAAGGGAGACACCUGCAUCAACUGCUUCGGAGGUGGCUCUGGUUUACCAGGACCCCCAGGACCCUCAGGACCUCGCGGAUUCCCAGGUGGUCCCGGUGGACCAGGAAUCAAAGGAGAAAGAGGUUACCCUGGAAACCCAGGGAUUCCAGGGGGUCCUGGCCCUGCAGGGCCCCCGGGUCCUGUCGGAUAUCCUGGAGAGAAGGGUGAGCCGGGAGAGGCAGUCUCCGUGACUGGGGUGAGGGGAGAGAAGGGGGAUACUGGUUUCCCUGGACCCCCUGGUCUGCCUGGUCUGGACGGAAGGCCUGGUCGAGAUGGAGCCCCUGGACUUCCUGGACCUAAAGGAGCAUCUGGCUCGCUGCAGGUGAAAGGAGAGCGUGGGCUUCCAGGUGAACCCGGCCUGCCUGGUAUCCCAGGAGACAGAGGCCCUCCCGGACCCCCUGGUUUUGGACCCCAGGGUCCCUCUGGAGAGAAGGGAGUGCAGGGAGUUUCAGGCCGACCUGGAGCUCCUGGUGCCCCGGGUGCAAAAGGUGAACCUGGCCUAACCAUUGCAGAGAAGGGACUUCCUGGACCCAGAGGUUUGGACGGAGAGCCUGGUCUCCCUGGCUCCCCAGGAUCCCCCGGUCAGCCCGGACAGCCUGGUUUCCCUGGGUUACCAGGAGGAAAGGGAGACCCCGGACUCCCAGGAAUUGGACUUCCAGGACCCCCAGGAGUUAAAGGUUUCCCUGGUAUCCCUGGGCAACCUGGAUCCCCCGGAGAACCAGGAAGACCAGGAGUAGACGGACUGCCCGGACAGCCUGGAUUCCCUGGAACCAAGGGUGAUCCUGGUUUUGGACUGCCUGGCCCGCCUGGUUUGCCCGGCGUUCCUGGUUCAAAGGGCGUACCUGGACCCAAGGGAGACCCCGGUUUCCCUGGUGGUCCUGGUGGUCCUGGACGGAGCGGAUUUGAUGGAGCCCCUGGACUUAAAGGUGAUGCUGGUCUGCCAGGUAUUCCGGGAGCUCGUGGUCCACCCGGACCUCCUGCCCCUGGGUCAAUCGGAGUCCCAGGACCUCCAGGACCUCCAGGACCAAUUGGACCUCCAGGAUACCCUGGAGGAAAUGGAGCCAAGGGUGACCCUGGUCCCCCUGGUCUGGAUAUUCCUGGUCCACCUGGAGACAGAGGCUCCCCAGGCUUCAAUGGUGCUCCAGGACCCAUGGGAAUUCCAGGACCCCCCGGAGGCCCAGGACGCGACGGCCUGCCUGGUCUGCCAGGAGCUAAAGGAGACAUGGGCCCUGUUGGAUCCCCUGGACCAGCUGGAGGCCCCGGUGGCCCCGGAGCACCUGGAGGCCCUGGACCUAAAGGUGAGCCUGGCUUUCCAGGCAGAGAUGGAGGUCCUGGAGCUUCAGGAGUAAAAGGAGAGAGAGGAGACCCUGGAGUCCAGGGACCUCCAGGACUCAGCCCCAGUUCAGUGACAACAAAGGGACAGAAGGGCGAGCCGGGCCUGCCAGGAUCUCCCGGUAUACCCGGACAGAAGGGCAUCUCUGGUCUCCCUGGCGACCCUGGACUCCCAGGAGCUGAUGGACGGCCCGGUGUCCCAGGACCCUCAGGUCCCAAAGGAGAUCCAGGUAUUCCAGGUAUUCCUGGUGGACCAGGAGCACCCGGAGCUAAAGGAGCCAUGGGAGAAAUGGGGUUCCCAGGCCCUGCUGGACAGAAGGGUGGGCCUGGUCUGUCUGGUCGACCUGGAGGUCCCGGACAGCCUGGAGCACCUGGUUUCCCUGGACCCAAAGGUGAACCCGGAUCAGCCGGAGUUGGACCACCAGGAGUCCAAGGUGUAAAGGGAGAACCAGGCCAGCCUGGUUAUCCAGGAACCUCAGGACUUAAAGGAACCCCAGGAUCCCCUGGUCUGCCUGGUCUGCCCGGAGGUCCAGGUCCAAAAGGAGACUCCGGUCUGCCCGGAUUCCAAGGCCCUCCCGGUAUCCCUGGUCCCAAAGGUCUGGAUGGAGGUCCCGGAGGCCCUGGACUCAAUGGAGCCCCAGGAAGACCCGGCGAGCCUGGUCGACCAGGUGGACCCGGUCUGCCUGGAGAGAAGGGUCAGGCAGGACGAGACGGCAUCCCAGGACCGGCCGGAGUCAAAGGAGAACCAGGUCUCCCUGGUUUUGGAGGUCCUGGUCCAUCUGGUCUCCCAGGUUUACCAGGUGCAAAGGGAGACCCAGGUUUGCCGGGUCCUUCUGGUGCUCCUGGUUUCCCUGGUCCCAAAGGAGAGGCUGGUUUCCCUGGCAACCCCGGCUCCCCAGGCCCCGCUGGUCCCCCUGGCUCCCCCGGAGUUCCUCUGCAGGGGCCCAAAGGACUUCAGGGACCCCCUGGGCCUCCUGGAAGAGCAGGUCCAGCUGGUCCACAGGGUCCCCGCGGUCCUGCAGGAAUCGGAGGAGUUAAAGGAGAGAAAGGCAUCCCCGGAGCCCCAGGAACGCCAGGCUUCCCCGGACAGAAGGGAGAGCCCGGCACCCCUGGUUUCCCGGGUCCAUCUGGUUUGCCUGGUAGUCCUGGUCUGAAGGGUGAUAUAGGUCUACCUGGAGUUCCUGGGUUCCCUGGUCCUAAGGGAGACUCUGGAAUUCCCGGUGCUAGUGGGCUUCCUGGAGACCGUGGAGACCCUGGUCCUGCAGGUCUGCCUGGUGAUCCUGGCGUUCCUCCUACCCCAAUCGUGGUGAAGGGAGAGCGGGGUCCCCCUGGUCCUCAGGGUCUGCCCGGUGGGCGUGGUCUGCCUGGUCCCCCCGGUCGCGAGGGACUCCCAGGAGCCCCUGGAGAGCCUGGAGACCCUGGUCCUGAGGGCACCCCUGGGUUUAGUGGUCCCCCUGGCAGAAAGGGCGACACAGGACCAGCUGGACAGCCAGGUGCUCGUGGUUUGCCCGGUCCCACUGGCUCCGACGGGCCCCAGGGUCCCCCAGGUCUUCCUGGUUCUGUGUCUGCGGCUCACGGGUUCCUCAUCACCAGACACAGCCAAUCCACAGAGGUGCCCUUCUGUCCAGAGGGCAGCAACCUCAUCUACGACGGGUAUUCUCUGCUCUACGUCCAGGGCAAUGAGCGGGCACACGGGCAGGAUCUGGGUACGGCUGGCAGCUGUCUCCGUCGCUUCAGCACAAUGCCCUUCAUGUUCUGUAACAUCAACAACGUGUGUAACUUUGCCUCUCGUAACGACUACUCGUACUGGCUCUCCACACCUGAACCUAUGCCCAUGUCUAUGGCCCCCAUCACUGGAGAGGGCAUCAAACCUUACAUUAGCAGGUGUGCUGUGUGUGAAGUGCCAGCCAUGGUGAUAGCAGUUCACAGUCAGACAAUUCAGAUCCCCUCGUGUCCUGCCAACUGGGAGGCUCUCUGGAUCGGAUACUCCUUUAUGAUGCACACCAGCGCGGGGGCAGAAGGCUCGGGGCAGGCCUUGGCAUCCCCUGGCUCUUGUCUGGAGGAGUUCAGGAGCGCUCCAUUCAUAGAGUGUCACGGCAGAGGCACAUGUAAUUACUAUGGCAACUCCUACAGCUUCUGGUUGGCCAUUGUAGAACAGAACGAAAUGUUCAGGAAACCCCAGUCGGAGACGUUUAAAGCGGGUAACCUCCGGGCUCGCGUCAGUCGCUGUGUGGUCUGUAUGAAGAGGACGUAACGCUCUCGGCUCUGAGCCCCUCCCCGUCGUCAUAACGCCCGAAAGAGAACACAGCAAAACCAUCGCAGAAGAAGACGAACUACGAACGG